ACUUGUGCUACGUGUCAGGAAGUUCUCUAGUCAAACAUGGCGGCGCAGCAGGGUGAUGUUGAUGAACUCUUCGAUGUUAAAAAUGCCUAUUAUAUUGGCAGUUAUCAACAGUGUAUUAAUGAGGCUCAGAAAGUGAAGCCACCAACGCCAGAAAAGGAGACCGAAAGAGACACGUUCUUGUACAGGGCAUACAUUGCGCAGAGGAAGUAUGCUGUUGUCCUGGAUGACAUCAAGAGCAACUCUCCACCAGAGCUUCAAGCUGUCAAGAUGCUUGCUGAGUAUCUGUCCAGUGAAAGCAAGAGGGAUGCUAUUGUUGAGGAUCUCGACAAGAAAAUGUCGAAGAGCAUGGAUGCUGCCAAUACCACCUUCCUCCUCAUGGCUGCCUCCAUCUACUACCAUGAGAUGAACACGGAUGCUGCUCUCAGGACUCUGCAUCAAGGAGAAAGCCUUGAGUGCAUGGCCAUGACCAUCCAGGUGUUGCUGAGCCUGGAUCGUGUUGACCUGGCAAGGAAAGAGCUUAAGAAGAUGCAGGAGCAGGAUGAGGAUGCUACUCUCACCCAGCUGGCCACAGCCUGGGUUAAUAUCGCAGUGGGUGGAGAGAAGCUUCAGGAUGCCUACUACAUUUUCCAGGAGAUGUCGGACAAGUACUCCUCUACACUGCUGCUCCUCAACGGGCAAGCAGCCUGUUAUAUGGCUCAGAACAAGUGGGAGGAAGCAGAGGGAGUGCUACAGGAGGCCCUGGACAAGGACAGCAGUCACCCUGAGACGUUGAUCAACCUCAUAGUGCUGACGCAGCACCUGGGCAAAGCUCCCGAGGUAACCAAUAGAUACCUCUCUCAGCUGAAAGAUGCACACAAAGCCCACCCAUUCCUCAAAGACUACUUGGCCAAGGAGAAUGAGUUUGACCGACUAGUGAUGCAGUACGCUCCCAUCGCUACAGCGUAGGUCACCUGCCUUUACAGAAACACCUCAACAGUGGACUUCACUAUGACACCAUGGAUUUCCUUCUAAUUUGCAUACCUUUAUUUGUUUUGAUACUUGUCAGGAAAAAAACAUUGGCUGUAUUAUUUAAAGUAGACCAGAAGUCAUCACCCCCCCCCCCUGUGUGUAGGUAAAACAUGUCCAUCCUUUAUUAAUUUGAAUUUCUCUUAUGGAAAUCAACACACUUGUUUUAAUGUAAGUGUUUAUCUGAAACAAUAAUAAAUGUGUAACACCAG